AUGUUGCACAAGCGACAGACCUCGCACAAGCCGAGCUCCUUUUGUCUCCUCAUGAUGGCGGCAGAGCCGCCGCCGUCCGUGGAGGACCACACCAACACGGAGGACUACAUCCACGGCGGGAACUCUCCCACGACCAACAGGCGCAACGCCGGCAUCCUCCUCCGCCGAAUGAGCGACAGCUUCAACGAGCGGCGCUACCCGGGCCUGAGGGAGAGAGCAAGGUCGGCCUCGGAGGCUCCCGAUGCACGCUGGCGGGUAGCCAUUCACGCCAUCUCUUUCUUGAGGAGACUGAGGAGCGCGGGCGACAGUCCCGAGUCUGCAGCAGCAACUGCUGCUGGUGACCGUGAUACCUAG